AUGUCCGAGUUUUCGGAUAGCAGUCUGCCCUCGUUGAAUAGCCCGGACGGUCGGGAAGAUGACGAGGAGAGCGACGAGAUGGAGGAGGACGUUAAAAAGCUCACCCUGCUUCCCUCGACCUCCUCAUCCUACCGUACCCUCAACCACGAGGAGAAGCCGAAGAAGCCGAGAAGCGAAGCUCCGGCCCUUUGUGCUAUUUGUGGAGGACAAGCGAAUGGAUAUCACUAUGAAGCACCGUCUUGUAUCGAAUACCGUCCUGGUGCCCCGGUUGACAAUGAAUUCAUCUCCAUCGUACUCCGGAUGCAAUUUAAAGCGAGAGGCCAAGCGGAUACAGUAGAUGACCAAAAGCCGUCAACAUCACAAGCCUUGGUUCCAGUUAACGUCGACAUUAAGCCGCCACUCCCCAAUGAAAGUGACCACUUCCGGACAUUGAUCUUCUUGAAGUCGAUGGAAAUGGAUAUGAAUUUGAGGCUUCGUCUCGAAAGCCCUGAAGGCCUACUACCAUGGCCGAUGCAGAAUGUGGCCACCUAUAUGGCCCAUGGACUCCAUUCACAACGAAUACCAGCAACAGCUAUUGACGCAAAGUAUCACUACGUAGAGAGAAGAUUCGGGUGUGCUCACUUUUUGAUAGAAUAUGAACGAGCGCAUGAGAUUGCUAGGCAAUUACCCUUCUACGAUAGGCUUGGAACGAUGGACAAGGUCCUGUGGUUUCGGUUCGCUGCCAUGGCCUCAUUUCUCUUCACCUCGGCAUUUCGGUCGAAAAGCCGAGGGCUACCGGCUGUGACGUUAAGAGAUGGAAGCCUUGCUCCAAUACUAGCCCACAACCCCUGGGAAUUGCAUCGCCUAAUUUUCUUCAAGCCAGUCGAAUAUUUGACCGAUCAGGAUGUAGAUGACGAUGAGUUUUUGAUGCUUCGGGGAAUUCUGCUAUGCUCAACAGUAGCCCCACUGCCGCCGGAAGCACUGAAAGGGUUGGAUGAGACGCGGGAGAAACUGGCACGAACGCUAUUCGCCUACGAGACGACAAGGCAUGGGAUGCAGCGCGGGGCCAAUAGAUAUCAACUCCUCCUCCAUGUCGUCAACAAUUUCGUCAAGCUGACCGGUCAGCAUAAGGAAUUAUAUCUGAUGGGACGGCUUCGAGCCCUGGCUUCUCCCCCUCCGAUAUCUCUACUACCAGCUUAUACUGAUACCUUUGUCGUGGAGAUUAUGGGUGAA